UUCUGGCGGAGAGAACGGAGAACGACCUCGAGAAACUAGUUAUUUUGGCUUUUGAAGCAACAGGACCUAACUAGUGGCUGAAUCACUGAUGGAGAAACAUCAAUGCCUCGUCACGGAUUAAUCAGGAAUAGAUUAAUCCUCAGGAAAAUAGAAAUAUACUUGUAUAAGAUCACCAAUGCAGGUAUACCCUUUGCAAUGGACUGGAUCAACUGUAAUUCCUGUUGCCGUCAGCCAGGAGAUGAAAAGGAACGCACAUUUGUACUCACCAGCUGUGGCCACAUCUUCUGUGAUAUUUGUUUAUCUCAGGUUGAAUCAAGAGAAAAAUGUGCAACUUGCUCUACAAGAUGCCAACUCAUCCAGCUUUCAUCGAAGAUGAAACCAGAUGCAGAGAUGUUCUUCCUGGAGCCGGGAGAACUUCUCAAGAGACAUAACAACCAGAUCAACAGACUCUUAGAGUUCCAGAAAGAACACCGUAUUCGCCUGGUAUCCUUUCAUAGAAGAAUUAUCCAGAAGUACAAAGACCUUGAGAAAGAGUUCAGAUCAGCAUCUGCCAACUUCAAGGAAAUGGAAAAGAAAUAUGCAGCAGCUUCCAAGCAUAUCCAGGAGCUGGAAGGAGAAAAUCGCAAGCUUCGAGAAAUAGUAUCUGGGCAGGGAGGGACUGGAAGCAACACUACCGUAGGCCACUUCACCUCCUCUCCUCACUCCUCGUACCAGAGAGCCAUUACAACCCAGAGGAGCUCUCCACAUCAAGCUCAGGUGUCUCCUGGAGGGUCAAGAAUCAGCCCUGGCCGUCUCACUCUGGUGAAGACCACUCCGGGGUGCCCAGGGACCUCACAAAGCCCCACCCACCAUCAGAAUGCUGCAUCAGCCCAGUAUGUCCAGAGUUGUCGGCCCUCCCAUACUGGCCAGUAUGCUUCUCCGCAGGUCCACCAAACCUUGGGUCCGCAGCAGACCCAGGCUCAGCUCAUGUCUUCAGGUGGUUUGAUGCAAACACCAACAGGCUCUGGGAUGAAAUAUAUGAAGUAUCCGAGUCCAGUCCAGCAGUGCGUAACUCCCCCCUCAUCCAGAGGGAUGCUGGGCUCCAUGGGCAGACUGACCCCCCAGCCACAGGGCCAGCACUGCCACCCUCCUGCAGGAAUGAAGGUUGGGCAGCAAAUGGCUCCCCACCUCCAUGGGCAUGGAGGCUUCCAGGCACAACAGGGGUUACAGGCGGAUCAGAGGAUGGUGCCACACCACUUGCGGAUGUACUCCCCCCACUUUGCAUCUCCAAUCGAGGGCUAUGGAAAGGGCAGCUCUGGGCACCUCCCCUUUAGACACCCUGUUUAGGAAGCAGUGACUAGGAAUUCAGUUAGGACCUGAUUACAUUAUUCCAAUUGGUGAUGCAAACAAAUUUAUGCCACACUGUAAUUUUGUUGCAGUAUAGGGAUGUGGAUGUGCAGGUUGGAGGGAGUUUUAUUUCAAGGAUUUGGAUUUCUUGACAUUUUUACUGUGUUGAUGUAGUGUCUGUGAACAAAUUGUAGGUCAGUUUUAAUGACAUUUGAAACAAAGAAAUAGGUAAAGUAUGUACGUUCUUUUUUCCUCUUCAUUUUUUUUUUGUGCUGGGCUUGUUGUUCAUAUUAUCUACACAGCAUAUAAUGCUGAAAUUUAUUGAGACAUAUAUAUAUAUAUAAGAAAAGAAGCCAGUUCUCAUCAUCCUCUGAGAGUUUUUUUGGUACGAUGAUACUGAUGUUUGCAUAUGUUUAUAUAUUUCUCCCCAGAAUUAGAAAAAAGAGUCAAGAAUAAAUGGGUGCACAUUUGCACUUAGAUAACAAUCAAGGUACACUGUGUAUCAGAAGUGUACACUUUUUCAGCCAAAAGGUUGUUAUAAGUGCAAGCUUUAUAGAAACUUAACAUAGUGCAAUAAUUUUUAUUCAGCAUUUUGUCAAUAUGGGAUUUCAGAGACACUACAUGAAUGGCAAUUAUUUUCACCUAUUGCAAAUGUACGUUAUAUUUAUGUGUAGGAGUUGCACAUUUUUCUAGUGUAACAA